UGGGAUUUGACUGGUGAAGCUAAGCUCCAAGGACAGGCAGCUUUCUAUGCCCUGCCUUGGUAAAAGUUUUGUGGGGACAGUGCGUGCAGCAGCCACACUGCAAAACUGAUCCCUGCAGUCAGCACCCAGAUCGUGACCGUGCUUUGGUACGGCAUGAAGAAAUGCUCGUAUUGUUCAUUUCUCCCCAUUUGGUGUUGGGGAAGGGAAGGCUGGGGGAUGAGAGGAAUACCCCCAAACUUGUAGAUUUCCAAACCUUCUCUGCCUUCAGCCACUGCAUGAAGAGAAGGGGUACUGUUGCACCACCAAAUUUUUUUUUUUUUUUUUUUUUUUUUGCGGUUUUCACAUGUUGACUUUGAGGCCAGGCUUUGCCCUCAGAGGUUUUGUUUUCUCUCGAGCAGCUGGACUUUAAACUUUAACAUCCCCUGUUUAGCAAUUUCCCCAAAGAGCUGCAGGAAUGCAGGCAGGGUUACCAUUAGCUGCAGAGGGUAACAAUGGCAGGUUGCUUUUGGACAAUGUUGUUUCUUCUCUCUGUCCUUUUCAUUCCCACAGAGGAGACAGUGUUUAUAUCAGCUGAUGAUGCAAAUGAAGUUAUCAAGAGACACAGGCGUGCCAGCUCCCUCCUUCUGGAGGAGGUCCUCCAAGGCAGCUUGGAAAGAGAGUGCCUUGAAGAGAGGUGCACACAAGAGGAAGCAAGAGAAGUAUUUGAAAAUGAUGAGAUGCUCAAAAUGUUUUGGGAUAACUACUACGGUGGCCAGAGAUGUUCUUCUAACCCGUGCCAGAAUGACGGCGUGUGUGAGGACAGCAUUCGUGGCUACACCUGCACCUGCACCGAGGGCUAUGAGGGGGAAGACUGCGCCUUUGCUAAAAAUGAAUGUCAGCACCAAGGAAAAGAAGGAUGUCACCAUUUCUGCUAUCCAGGAACCAAUUCGUACCGUUGCUCCUGUGCUGAUGGCUAUGAGCUAGGGAAAGACAAAAAGCAAUGCAUCGCAUUAGAUCAAUGUGCAUGUGGCAGACUUCGAGACAGUGAUAAUCUGAUAAGCGAAACCCUGAAGGAACAUGACAAGCACUUUCCUUGGCAGGUCCUGCUGCUGAACUCAGAAGGGAAAGGCUUCUGUGGAGGAGUGCUGCUAAAAAGUAAUUUUGUCCUGACCACAGCAGAGUGUGCCCUUCUGCACAGCCAUUUUGAAAUCAGGGUUGGUGCUGGGCACAACAGAACGUGUGGAACCGAGAGGAUAAUGCAAGUUCACGAGAAACACAUACACAUCCGGUAUGAUGAAGACACCGGCGAGAACAACAUUGCUUUACUACAGCUCCAUGAGCCCAUUGAGUGCAACAACCAGCAGCUUCCUGUAUGCAUCCCUGAAAGAGACUUUGCAGAGCACAUCUUGAUUCCCAAAUUGGCUGGUACCGUCAGCGGCUGGAAGAGAGAAGGCGAUGAAGUUCAAGGUGACGAGCUGCAGGUUUCCUACCUUCCUACAGAGGACUGCGAACAAAUACUCAACGUAAGCCUCACAAACAGGCAGUUUUGUGGACACAUCCAGGAGGUCAUAGACAAAAGACUGACUGGAGGAAGCUUUAUAGCCACUGAGUAUAAGGGCACUUGGUUUCUGACUGGCAUCCUGGGACCCUGGCCACUAGAAGAUGCUGACAGAAAAACAUUUCUGUUUACCAACACUGCGAGAUACAUGAUAUGGCUUAAACACAAAAUGAAGUAAGACAAACACAACCAACCCUCCAGCACCAAACCCCUACCAGUCACUGCAAGGAAACCUUUGGAGGCAGCCAGUAGACACAUUUGACUCUAUCACCAUUUGCAGCACUGGAAGUUGCAAUGAUGCCUAUUUAACUCCGAUUCACACGGAAACAUCCAUUUGUCUUUCCUUCCUCUGUUGACACACAACACUGUGAAAGCCGUGACACAGUAAACGUAGGUGUUUUACUAAUAAAUUGACUGAACUCUACGUUUCCUAGAACUGUUCGUUCUAAAACUCAAAAAGCAUUGAUGCCUUUCUGGGCUUUUAAAUGUUACUAGA